UUUUUUAUAAUCAAUAUGGCGGACAAUUCGACUGAGAAAGGACCAUGGAGGGAAACCCUGGAAUCCUUCGUUAGAUAUGUCGCCUUAAACCCGAAAGAGUUUCUUUUAUACGUGUUCAUAAUCCUGACUCCUUUGAUGGCUGUGAGCGCGUUUUUAUCUUUGAAGUUAGCAAAACACAUAGAGCGAAGUGAAAAAGAGAAGAAGAAAAAAGCUACUCGACAAACAAAUAUAGCUAAAUCAAGACGCAGAGCAAAAGCUGACUGAAUCGUCAUGUUGCCAGACUCAUGUCUAUUGGCCUUCAGGUAGCAAUACUACACAUGAAGAGCUGUUCAAUACACUGUAUUGUACCCUGUGCAAUAAUUCAUUGAACUUCAGUGUACAUAGCAAGCAAACAGAGAGGUGGCAUAAAAGCUCCUAUAUGUCCAUAUUACACAAAAAGUUUGAAUGUUUUAAGGAGCUUUUCUAGAUCCUGUACAUAUAUCCCGUAGAAUUAAUUUUUUUCCUUACAGUUAGUACAAAUUUAUGCACAGUCUGAGAGCAAUAAUUUUAUAGGAUAUAACACAGAGAUUGUCACAAACUCUUAAUUAACUUGAAUCCUGUAUCUGAAAUUCAAUAAAUCAAUGCUGGCAUUUCUGUACAAUGUAUCUUCUGCAUUCUCUUGCAUUUUUAGAACAGGAAUUGUUGUGCACAGUAAAUUAAUUGUGUACUACAUUUUCUGUGUGAACAAACACAAGACUGAUUUGAAUGAGAUAAAAGCUGUAGUGUUACUGUAAUUUCACACUCUAGACAUACUGAUACAAAUAUCUUGUCUGAAUAAUUUACAUUCAAAAAACUGGAUCAUUGAAUAAAUUAAAUGCAAUUCAA